AUGGACAAAAAGAACAAUUUAAUAAAAUCUCAAUAUAUCAAUAAUAAUAUUUCAUAUUUUCAUCUUGUAUGGUUAGAUGAUGAUAAUAGUAAUAAUGAUCAAUUUAAUAUUAUUAUCCAAGAUUUAAAGGAAGUAAUUUAUAAUUUUCAAAAAUUCUCGACUAUACAAGAAUGCUUUGAUUAUAUCAGUGAAAUCCAAGUUGAUGAAGAAAAUGUGAUUCUAAUUUAUUCCGGUGAACAUGUCGAAAAUAUAAUUUCUGUCGUUAACGAUUUUCCACAAAUCGAUUCAACUUAUAUUCUUCAACAAAAUAAAUCUGAUUAUAAACAAAACAGAUAUCUAUCACCAAAAGUGAAUUAUGAUUAUGUUGAUCUAAUAUCGAUAUGUAAAUUAAUUAAACAAACUAUUAGAAUAUAUUAUCAAGGUCAUACUAUUCUUUCUUAUCUACAAUCAGAUACUAAAACACUUCAAAGCAAUGACAAAGGAUUGGAAUCAUCGUUUAUUUAUACAAGUAUUUUAAAAGAGAUAUUUUUAGAUCCCAAUUUCAAACCGAAACAUUUUGAUGAAUUUAUCACUUAUUGGGGUAAAAAGUACGAUAAUAAUACUGUCAUGCUUAAAAAAAUUGAAGAUUUUAAACAAAAAUAUCAUAUACAUGAUGUUAUCCGCUGGUAUACAAAACCAGGUUUCAUUUCCUCACAUCUUAAUGAAGCAUUACGUACGAUGAAUAUGAAUUUAAUUAUUAAAUUUGAUUUUUUCAUUCGCGACCUUCAUCAACAAAUCGCUUCUCUUCAUUUUCAACAGUAUGGAAAUGGGAAAUGGGAAUCAUUUUAUGUAUAUCGCGGACUAGUAGCGCCGCUACAAUACUUUGAUAAACUGCGAAAGACAGAAGGUAAAUUAUUGUCAUUCAAUAAUUUCUUGUCAACUAGUCUCGAUCAAAAAGCAGCUUUGAUGUUUGCUACGCCUGGACAUAAAGACUCUAACGAAGUUGGAGUGCUUUUUCGAAUAAAACUCGACUGUACUAUAGAAACCAACGCUUUUGCAAAAAUACAAGAAACUAGUGAUAUACUCGACGAAGAAGAAAUUUUAUUCUCUAUGCACUCUGUCUUUCGCCUCAUGAAAAUGCAAAAACGUGAUGACAUUGAUGAUGAUAUUUGGGACGUAGAUCUGAUAUUAACAACUGAUACGGACGAAGAAUUGAAUGAAAUGACUGAAAAUAUUCGACAAAAUGCGAAAGGAGAUACCCCGUGGGAACGAGCAGGACAUUUAAUGAUCAAAAUGAAUCUUCCACAACAAGCUGAAGUGAUCUAUAAGAAUUUAUUAGACAACACCAAGGAAGUCGGUUUACAAACACGGUAUCUUCAUCAACUUGGAGUAAUAGAAACACAAAAAGGUGAUUUGGAUCAUGCAAUGCAAUACUAUCUAACGUGUUUGACCAUCUAUAAUGACAUUGAUAAUUCAGCAAUAGUUAUGUCAGCUGUCUUUGAAAGUAAACUAAAAGAUAAGAAUUCUGAGUUGUACAAGGAACAUGCAGAGUAUAUUCCGCUUGUUAAAGAGUUACUUGAAAAAAAUAGAUAUCAUCUUUCUAUGGGUCCUUAUUCAAAAGCUACUACUAUCAAUAAUAUUGGCGAACUGUAUAAACAAAUGGGCAAAUUUCAUUUAGCUAUUGAGUAUUUCGAAAAGGCACUUGAAAUGAGAAAAGGCUUUCUUUCCCCACAUGAUCCUGUGCUAGCCGCUUCUUAUUGCAGCACCGGUAUUGCAUAUUCAGCUAUAGGAAAGUACGACAUGGGUAUUUCGUACAUAGAGAAAGCGCUAGACAUUCAAAAGCAAUGCCAUCCUAUUAAUUAUUGUGAAAUGGCUAUUUCUUGUCACAACUUGGGUUUGACGUAUUUUAAAAUAGGUGAACACUCAAAAGCAUUUCAGUCUUUUGAAGAAGCUCUUAAAAUUUUUGAAAAAUUUCGUCCUGAAAACCAUCCUGAUAUAGCCAAUUCCUAUGACACUAUUGCUGUAUGCUCUUCGAAAAUGGGCAGAGACCAAGACGCAAUGUUAAAUCAUCAACGGGCACUCAAAAUGAGACAAGCUUAUCUUCCUGAAAAUCAAUCUGAAACGGCUAUUUCUUAUAAUAACAUUGGUAUUAUACAUUUUAAAAGUGAGAAUUACUCAGAAGCUAUUUCAAAUUAUGAAAAAGCAAUUAAAAUCCAAGAACAGCUUUCUGGAAACCAUCAUAAAUUGGCUAUUUUAUAUUGGAUGAUAAGUGAAGCGUAUGAUAAAGUAGGUGAAUAUUCAAUGGCAAAGUUUUAUUGUGAAAAAGCCACUAAAAUGGAACAACAAUGUCUUUCUGAUAUGAUCUGA